CUCAGGAAACACUGCCAUAAAUGAACAAUUCAUCAUGUCUCCAGCCAUCACCAGCUACCACCGUAGCUCUCCCCAUCAUCUACUCCUGCCUGCUUCCCGCCGGAAUCCUGGGGAACCUUCUGGCCGCCUGGAUAUUUUCCCGGGAAGCGCCCACCCGAAGGACACAGUACAUUUACCUGGCCAACCUGGUGACUGCCAACCUGCUGGUGUGCAGCACCAUGCCCUUCCUGGCCGCCUACUUUGCUGGCGGGCACCGCUGGCCCCCGGGCUCGCUGGCCUGCAGGGUGGCCCAUCACCUGGGAGCCCUGGUGAUGCACGUCAGCAUGUACGUGACCAUCGCCAUCCUGUGCUCCAUCGCCCUCAGCCAGUACGCCACGCUCAGCAAGAACAGAGGCACACAGCCCUCCCCUGCCCUCCCAGGAAACUUCCACGGGUGCCUGCUGCAGAGGUUCCGGAGGCCAAAGUUUGCUAAAUAUUUCUGUGUUGUUAUCUGGCUGAUUGUGCUCUGCAUAACAGCCACAGCCAUCACCUACAAUGUCCAAAACAGCGCUGCAGGGGAGUUCCCCACGUGCUACAACAUCAGGGUAGAGGCUGGUGAGCGUCCUGCAAAGAUUGCUGGUUCCCUUGCCACUGUGUGCUUUUUUCUGUCUUUUAUGAUUGUUUUGUGGUCGUACUAUUCUCUUACCAGACAUCUGAGCAGAAUACAAAAAAACACCUGUAUUGGAGAAAAACAUCUAAUUUACAGAAGAGUGAAAAGAAACAUUCUUGUCAUCCAGAUAAUAUUAACUGUCUGCUUUCUUCCAUACCAUAUUUUUAGGCCGAUUUUCUAUGUGCUCCUUACAGAUAAUGACUGUCCAAGGUUAAACUAUCUAGUGGAAAUUAAAAAUUUCCUUACUUGUCUUGCUGCUGCUAAAAGCAGUUUAGAUCCAAUUAUAACCCUUCUGUUAGAUAAAACAUUUAAGAAAAGUCUUUAUGGCCUGUUUACAAAAACCACACCAGAAAAUCAAAAACAUAACAAUGGUAUUUUUGCUGAAAUUGGAAGGAAUAUGGAAAGAUAUUCAUAG